GGACUUUCUGUCUGCUAAAGCGUAGAUUUCUUCUGCAGAAUUAUAAUAACCGGAAGCGAGAUGAAACGAGACACCAUCCACUCCUCUGUUAGACCCUUCUAUUACCAAACGGAAUAUAACAUAACAGAGAAAUUGGUCAAAGAGAUUUCGGACCACGUUCCCGUAGAAUUCAGCUUAAGAGGAAAAGUUUCUCGGAGCUUCGUGGAAAACAUCCACGCGGAUAUUUGCAUUCGUGUGUACGAUAGAAGACCGAGUGACACUGCAAUUUCGGUGUUAAAGAACAGAAACAUUUCGGGCUUUCAUGUUGAAUUUUACGACGAUGCGAAAAGGUGUCGACAGAGAUUAAUUAUAACUAAAGAAGCGACUAAUUUUCGAGAUUUAAUAUCGUCGCUUGAGGAUUUAAACGUAAAAAUGAGCAAUGUUUUGAGUUCCGAAACCGUAGAAACCAUUAGUUUCAAGUCGGAACAUGGUUCGCUUUUCGAUUGUGACAGCUGCAACACGGUUACACACCCAAAAUAUAUACUAACUAUCGACUGUUAUUCGGUUACUGACAUUUGUACUGUUUAUUUAUGUAGACAAACGUUUUUUAAUUAAUACCGUGCGAUAACGUUAAAAAUGCGGUGAAACUUCGUUUUUCCGGAUCAAACGAGAUCGGUCCAGACCCGGAUAAUGAGAAAUUAUUGGCUUAUUAAAAUUAGAGUUUAAAAUUCCAUACUGAAAAUACUUUUUAAUGGUGAAAAUUUAAAUAGAUUUCAUUAUGAAAAACCUCAAACACUUCCUAAUUGUAUCCAAUGUGUUUUCCAUUCGUAGAUACCUUCAUAACAUUUACUCUCGUAUUUCAAAAUCUUUUAGUUAAUACUCCUGUUGUUAUUACUACAGUAUAAGAAUCCUCUUGACCUUUGAAACCUACACGUAAUGGUUAAUCCAGUUCUUGUAUACACCCGUUAAUUCUACUAAUAAAUAUAAAUACUUUACAUGGAUUAUCCAGAAAACACCAGUUACAGUACACCUAUCCCUGGUUUUACAUGGAAGAAGACACUCUUUACAUAGUUUAAAAUAAAAAAGGGAACUGGCAUCUGGUGAUGUAGAUACAGCGCAAGAAUAUCCAAGAAAAUUUGCUGAAAUUGUUGCCAACAAUUCAUGUACUCCUGAUCAAGUUUUCAAUGCCGAUGAGUCAGGGUUAUUUUGGAAAAAAAAUGCCAGAGAGGACCUAUGUGUCUAAAAUUGAUAAAUCAGCUAGCGGUCAUAAAGCAGCAAAAGAUGGUAUAACAAUUCUUUUCUGUAGCAACGCUUCGGGAGAUUACAUCAUGAAACCAUUGGUUAUUAACAAAUCAAAAAUACCACGCGUAUUUAAAGAAAUAAAUAUCAACCAUCUUCCUGUUUAUUGAAGGGUCAAUAAGAAAGCGUGGGUUACUGCCGCGAUGUUUAAUGAAUGGUUUCAUGAACAGAUGCCAAAGAUCCCAGAUGCCAAAAUCAGAUCUCAGAUCCCAGAUGCCAAAAUAUAUUUAAAUGAAAAAGGACUACCUUUUAAAGUGCUUUUGUUAAUUGACAAUGCACCGGGUCAUCCGCGAUAUCUGCAGCAUGAGAAUGUCCAAGUUAUAUUUUUACCAAAGAAUACGACAUUCUUACAACCAUUAGACUUUUAAGGCUCUGUGUUUGUGGCCAAAUGUACCGGUAGUUAAAGAUAAAGCUUCUAUUUCACCAUUAAAAGAUGAAUAUUCUCAGAUAGUACAAUUGGCGCAUUCAUUGAUUGGUGAAGGUUUCGACGAUUUUACUGAAAAAGAUUUUGCAGAACUAGCGGCUGAUAAAGAACUAAGUGAAGAUACUUUUCGAUUUACACGGUUUUACAUUCAAAAACUAACAAUUUCAAUUUACACGUUUUCCUCGGAAACUUAUCUACCGUGUAAAUCGAGGGAUGGGUGUAUUGUUUAUUCAAAACUGAGUAAUAAGCUGAAGCUGCGGGUUAGCGUAUCUGAAAAUCACACGUAAAUACUGGACGGAUUUCUAUAGAAUGCUUUCUAGAGUGGCAUCCCUUGGCAGAUUGCCCACGUGUUCCAUUGCCGUAUUCUAUCAAAUUAAUACUUCGAGUACUCCGUGGAAUAUCGCAGUUAUAAUGUAUUACAGCGG